AUGGUCCCAUUCCCGCGCGAUCCAGAUUUUGUUAGACGCAAUGCUCUCCUUGAUCAGAUCCGAGAGAAAAACCUAGUUCCGGGGUCGAGAAUAGCACUAAUUGGUCUGGGUGGUACUGGUAACGAAGCCCGGUUCGAGCAAAGUUUCCGGGAUAUUGCGGACCAGGUCAAAAUCCCGGGUCGCCAGGAUCCUAAAAACAACAUCUUCAAACUAGUCGAAAACUGGCUCCGAGAUGAGAAGAUAGGGAGAUGGGUUUGCAUCCUUGAUAAUGUCGACGAUGAUAAGUUCCUUUGCUCGAUUCCAGUGGUAGAUAAGAGAGAUCAGACGGAAGGCCUAGCAAGGUACUCGACAAAACCACUGUUAGAACACAUUCCAAGAAGUCGAAAUGGGUCUAUUAUUAUCACAAGCCGAGCGAGAGAAAUAGCGUUAAAAAUGGUCGAGCAUAAAGACCUGAUUCAGGUUCAACCCAUGGAAAGUUCUGAAGCACUAGAUCUUCUCCAAAGAAAGCUUAAUAACCUGGAAGAAAACCAAGACAUUCAAAGCCAAGAGAAUCGACAGUUAGUGGACGCACUCGAGUAUAUGCCUCUAGCAAUCGUACAAGCAGCCAGCUUUAUUCGGAAUCGGGCGCCUCGCUAUUCAGUAUCACAAUACCUCAGAGAUUUCCAAGAGAGUGACCGCGAAGCAAUCAAGCUUCUAAAGAAAGAGGCUGGUUACCUCCACCGGGACUGGGAAGCAAAGAAUUCGAUUCUGGUGACCUGGCAAAUAUCCUUCGACUUUAUACGAAAAAAAACCCCAUCUGCAGCAGAUCUACUUUCCUUUAUGAGUUUUUUCGAUCGGCAAGAGAUACCAGAAGAACUUAUCCGGCAUCAAUCUCGGGCUGAAUACACAUCAAGCUUAGAGCUUUCCAACAACUUAAGUGAUGGAGAGACGUCUGAUUCCGAUACGGGAGCUGAUUUUGAGGAUGAUAUCACAACACUAAGAGAUUAUUCAUUUAUAUCUUCUAGUACGAACAAUACUUUCUUUACGAUGCAUCGGCUAGUGCAGCUAACAACACACGCGUGGUUAAAAUCUCAUGGCAAAAGAGACCAGUGGAGAGAUAGAUUUAUUAACACCCUUUAUAAGGAGUUUCUAACUGGUGAGCACCAAACCUGGGAGAGAUGCAAGGCACUCUUCCCUCAUGUGAAAUCCGCAAUAUCGCAACGGCCAUCAUCAACUAUGUAUCAGCAAAAAUGGGCUACAUUACUUUAUAGGGGGGCAUGGUAUGCGUCAGAAAUGGGUAAUAUCACAGAUACAAGAGAAAUGGCAUUAAAAUCGAGAGAUCAAAGAGUGAGAUUAUUUCAUAAUGAGAAUGAAGAUGUCCUUGCUAGUUCAAGUAUGCUAGCAGCAGCAUUUAGGCUUGAGGGCCGGUGGGGGGAGGCCGAGCAGCUCGAGGUGCAGGUCCUAGAGACUCGCAAGACGAAGCUCGGUGCGGAUCAUCCCGACACGUUGACGAGCAUGGCCAAUCUGGCGUUGACAUACUGGAACCAGGGCCGAUGGGAAGAGGCCGAACAGCUUAACGUGCAGGUGUUAGAGACUCGCAAGACAAAUCUUAGCGCGGAUCAUCCCGACACACUUACGAGCAUGGCCAAUCUAGCGAGGACAUACGCAGACCAGGGCCGAUUGGAGGAGGCCGAGCAGCUCGAGGUGCAGGUGUUGGAGAUAAGCAAGAUGAGGCUUGGCGCGGAUCAUCCCUCCACACUGACGAGCGCAGCCAAUCUAGCGAGAACAUACGCGAACCAGGGCCGAUUAGAGGAAGCCGAGCAACUCGAGGUGCAGGUAUUAGAGACUCGUAAGAUGAAGCUCGGCGCGGAUCAUCCCGACACACUGACGAGCACGGCCAAUCUGGCGUCAACAUACGCGGAUCAGGGCCGAUGGGAGGAGGCCGAGCAGCUCGAGGUGCAGGUGUUAGAGACAAGUAAGACGAAGCUCGGCGCAGAUCAUCCCUCCACACUGACGAGCAUGGCCAAUCUGGCGAGGACGUAUGCGAACCAGGGCCGGUGGGAGGAGGCCGAGCAGCUCAACGUGCAGGUCCUAGAGACUCGCAAGACGAAGCUCGGCGCGGAUCAUCCCUCCACACUGACGAGCAUGGACAAUCUGGCGUCGACAUACGCGGAUCAGGGCCGAUUGGAGGAGGCUGAGCAGCUCGGAAUGCAGGUGUUAGAGAUAAGCAGUACGAAGCUCGGUGCGGAUCAUCCCGACACACUGACCAGCAUGGCUAAUCUGGCGUCGACAUACUGGAACCAGGGCCGAUGGGAAGAGGCCGAGCAGCUCUUUGUGCAGGUGUUAGAGACAAGUAAGACGAAGCUCGGCGCAGAUCAUCCCUCCACACUGACGAGCAUGGCCAAUCUGGCAUCGACGUAUCAAAUUCAGGGCCGAUGGGAGGAGGCCGAGCAGCUCGAGGUGCAGGUGUUAGAGACUCGCAAGACGAAGCUCGGUGCGGAUCAUCCCUCCACACUGACGAGCAUGGACAAUCUGGCGUCGACAUACGCGGAUCAGGGCCGAUUGGAGGAGGCUGAGCAGCUCGGGAUGCAGGUGUUAGAGAUAAGCAAUACGAAGCUCGGUGCGGAUCAUCCCUCCACACUGACCAGCAUGGCUAAUCUGGCGUCGACAUACUGGAACCAGGGCCGAUGGGAAGAGGCCGAACAGCUUAACGUGCAGGUUUUAGAGACUCGCAAGACAAAUCUUGGCGCGGAUCAUCCCUCCACACUGACGAGCAUGGCUAAUCUAGCGAGGACAUACGCGGACCAGGGCCGAUGGGAGGAGACCGAGCAACUCGAGGUGCAGGUGUUAGAGACUCGCAAGACGAAGCUCGGCGCGGAUCAUCCCGACACACUGAUGAGCAUGGCCAAUCUCGCUUUCACCUGGAAAACUUCAGGUCACAUUGCCAAAGCCAUCAUUUUGCUAAGAAACUGCGCAGCUAAGCAGAAACAAGUACUCGGUCCGAACCAUCCACAGACUUUAUCUAGUUCUGAGACACUGCUUGAAUGGGAAAUUGAGACCUCAAAUUUGAAUACUUAA